GUUUUGAUGACAUCACUUCCGGGGCGACAGGUUCAGGCUUUCUUGGCUCCUGGGAAAGGGCAGUUCACUGUCUUUGCUUCGGAAAGGAGACGAAUACUAGGUACUGUCGUUCAGCAGAAAGGAAUUAUCUAUACAGUAAAUAUGCUAAUAUUGACUAAGACAGCAGAAGUUUUUUCUAAACCAUCAAAAAGGAAACUUUAUGAAGUUUUAAGACAUUUUAAUUUUCAUCCUAGAAAAUUAUUUCUUCAUAAACUAGUAUUGGGAAUUGAAACCAGUUGUGAUGAUACAGCAGCUGCUGUAGUGGAUGAAACCGGAAAUGUUUUGGGAGAAGCAAUACAUUCCCAAACUGAAGUUCAUUUAAACUGUUUCUUUAUAUCUUUCAGAACAGGUGGGAUUAUUCCUCCAGUAGCUCAACAGCUUCACAGAGAAAAUAUUCAACGAAUAGUGCAAGAAGCUCUCUCUGCCAGUAACAUCUCUCCAAGUGAUCUCUCAGCAAUUGCAACUACUGUAAAACCAGGACUUGCAUUAAGCUUGGGAGUAGGAUUAUCAUUUAGCUUAAAACUAGUAGACCAGUUUAGAAAGCCCUUCAUUCCCAUUCAUCAUAUGGAGGCUCACGCACUUACUAUUAGGUUAACAAAUAAAGUAGAAUUUCCUUUUUUAGUUCUUUUGAUUUCUGGAGGUCAUUGCUUAUUGGCAUUAGUUAGAGGAGUUUCAGAUUUUCUGCUUCUUGGGAAGUCUUUGGACAUAGCACCAGGUGACAUGCUUGACAAGGUAGCAAGAAGGCUUUCUUUAAUAAAACAUCCAGAGUGCUCCGCCAUGAGUGGUGGGAAGGCUAUAGAACAUUUGGCCAAACAGGGAAAUAAAUUGCAUUUUGAUUUCAGACCUCCUAUGCAACGUGCUAAAAAUUGUGAUUUUUCUUUUUCUGGACUUCAACACAUUGUUGAUAAGACGAUAAUGCAAAAGGAAAAAGAGGAAGGUAUUGAGAAGGGGCAGAUCCUGUCCUCAGCUGCAGACAUUGCUGCUGCAGUGCAGCACACAAUAGCUUGCCACAUUGCAAAAAGAACACAUCGUGCUAUUCUGUUUUGCAAGCAGAGAGACUUGUUAUGUCAAAGUAAUGCAGUACUGGUUGUAUCUGGAGGUGUUGCAAGUAACUUAUAUAUCCGAGAAGCUUUAGAAAUUGUAACAGAUGCAACUCGGUGCACUUUGUUGUGCCCUCCUCCUAGACUGUGCACUGACAAUGGCAUUAUGAUUGCAUGGAAUGGUGUUGAAAGAUUGCGUGCUGGCUUGGGCAUUUUACACAAUACAGACGGCAUCCGCUAUGAACCAAAGUACGUGGUACCAUUCAUAAUCUUUAUGCAAUUUGCAUCUGAAAGUCAGAGCCUGGAUUUUGCUUUUAUAUGUGAGGUUUUCAUUGACAUUCUGGUGAUACUUGAAGAAGGAUUGCAUUAAUUUUUUUUUCAUGAACCUGGGCGGUAGAUACCUUAUGAGAAAUAUGUUACAGCAUCAAAUUAUAAAAAUUUUGACAAAUCAUAGGUUAGAAACAGAUGAUGGCUAAGGUGGAUAAGGGUGAUGAAUUCCCUCAUUUGGGACGAGAAUGGAAACUAUGUCCAUGGCCUGGACUUUGGUAGGGUCAAAACGUCUCAGGUCCACCUGCUAUGCUGGAAACUCAAGGAAAAUGUGCAAAAAGCAUUCAGGUGUGAGAGUGGGUUGUGAGUAUCCUUCUCCACAGGCAACUGAGAAAUGUUCAAAAGAAAGCUGUUUUCUGCAAGUCUUAUUUCCUCUCCCAAAUCAAAAUUCCAAGGAGUAGCAUAGUUUUCCAAUUUGUUAUCAAUUUCUGGUCUAAGUUAAUUCUGGGAUAGUAAAAAUAGUAAAGCAUGAUUAUGUUUCAUAAUCUAACAUAAUUCUGUUUUCAGCAUUGUUUCAUCUGUUUUAAAACUUUUCAGCAUUUUAAUGCAUAAUUAUAGCUACAUGUACCACAGGCUAUUAAGGCUGAUCAUCAGUGAGUUUAGUUAGUAGUGGCAGAAAGAAUCCCUUAAGGUGAUGGCCUAGUCUUAGGUACAGUCUGCCAUCUGAUCCCACAUUGCCUUCUUGGGGCAGUGCUGAGGCUGGAGAUGAUGGCUUUUUCUAGGUUGGGGUCCAGCUGAAGACUUGUAUAGGGCAACACUGAAAAAAGUCAGAAAUCUGAGGCCAAAAUUAUUUACUGAGGAAGAGCAGAGAAAGGGUAUGAUCUAAGAUCUCUCCUGCCACCAGUGACAAAGGAAGGUAGAAAAGGAUGUAAGCCUGCUUUUGAAACUUCAGAGAAGAACUGAAACCUGGGGGAUUUCUGAAGUAGGAAGGGUUGCAGGUAAGAUUAGCAAUAUGGUAAACUGUUUUUACCCUUUUAGCUUUGUAGAGCAUUAAAAGGCAUUUUUUAUUCUUUUUUUUUCUGUUUCAAGUUUUUAUUUAUUUACAGUAUUUGAGAGAAAUAGAACUAUUUCUUUCAAAAAGUUUCAAUCCCUGAACUCAUUGAAUUGUAUACAUUAAAUGUGUAUAGCUUUUAACACGUCAGUUAUACCUCAAAGUGUUUUUUUAAAAUUGCCAAAUUUAGAUUUCUUAUUAAUAGAACUAGCCUUCCUUCACCUGUUAUUCUGGUUUGAGGUCCCACUGUAUUUGUAUGUAUUCAAGAACCAUCACCACAUAUAAUCAAUUAUACAUUAGAUACAUGUACCAUUUGUCAGAAUUUUAAGUAAAUAGUUUGCAGAACUAGUGACGGAUCAGGAAGUGGAUAUUUGAAAUAAUAAGAUUUGUUUCAUUAUUAUACAGAUGUCCUCUUGGAGUAGACAUAUCAAAAGAAGUUGGAGAGGCUGCCAUAAAAGUACCACGAUUAAAAAUGAAGAUCUGAUUUUUGUUUUUCAAAAAAUCUCUAUAAGUUGUAAUAAAGUUUUUUUAUAUAUAUCAAAUUAUAGAAAUUGUAUAUCAUUUUGUAUAUAACACUGUUUAACAAGGCUAAUUUUUGUUAUUCUUUUUCUUAUGUUUGAUGUUUAACUUGCUCUUCUGAGAGACUAUAAUAAUAUGCUAUGACCUUAUGAAGAGACAUAGUUUUUUGUUUUUGUUUUUUUUGAUUAUCAAAACCAAAGUAAAACAUCUUGUUGAGAAAAGAGUACUGAUAUUGUAGAAAGAAAAACCUUGGAAGAAGUAUAGUGAUACAAGCAUUGAUCUUUUUCCCCCUUUCUUGUAUCAGGAUAGUAGAAGCUAUUUUUUGGCUUCCACUGAAACAUUAGAAAAUAUAACAUUUUCUAAUGAGAGAGCAACUUUAGAAAGGUAGCCAGGUCAAAGUCAUGUCAGCUCAGAGAAUUCUAAAUCAAAGCAAAAGGUGACUUUCUCCAACAGAAUGUAUGUUUGUAAUUAUAAAAAAAUUAUUAGGUAUCUUCUUUGGGGCAAAUAGGAAUUCUAUAUAUUUCUGAAAAUCUGAGGUUUUAAGAAAUAUGGCAUGCAAGUAAUCUCUCAAGUGUGUAUUGUACUUUUUAGUUGGUCACUUAACAUUCGCACUCAUUGUUUUAGAUUUUAUAUUUGAUAAGUGAAAAUAUAUGAGGUGAAAAGGGUUUUGUUUUGGUUUUGGAUAAUUUCCUUUGAAUCUGAACUUUUACUGCAGAUAUCAUAACAGUGUUAUUACUUUUUUUCUGUGCAAAUUAAAGUAACUGAAUGUAUUGUCCUUUGAAUAUAAAGAUGGUGGUACUGUUUAAUGUCCUUUGAGAAAUUUUACUAGUAGAGAUUUAUAUUACGCCAUCCAUACUGGAUCAAGUUGUUAACUUUCUAGUCAGUGACUUGCUUUAUUGAGAAACUAGUGGAUAAGGAUUAAACACUAGAAUAAAAAGAAUUCUUAUUUUAAUUCUGCCUUAAGGUGACCUCCCUUUUGAGAAAUUCCUUAAGUAAUUCUUUUCUCUAGAAUUGUGAUCAUAGAAUAUUGCUUUAUAAUCCUCCAUUUUAUCCUGGAAAUAAAAAAUAUAAUUGAUAUGAGGGAACAUGUAGAAACAGCAGUAUUUAUAAAGCUUGUUCUUUGAUGCUGAGGUAUAGGUGUGAUAGAAUUGGUUUGUAAAUAUCAUUUAGAAGAAACUAUUAGCUUGUGAAUUCAAUCUUUACAUUUGUAUUUGUAUUCUGUAUCAUCUGAAUCUGAAUUCACAGAGAAGAAAUGUGUUUCCUAUGGCUGUUGCAAUCAGAGUGCAUAUAAACUGUGGAAGAAAAUUGACCAAGAUUUUUUUCCACUAUUGUAAAUUUUAUGAAAUUGGAAUAUCUAUAAUCUGAGCUCUUAAAAUUUCAAAGUAUCAAAAUUGUUCCAGGAGCUACAAAUACAUAUUUGAGUUCAUGAUAUAAAUAAGGGAAACUACAGAUUUAAAAAAAAAAGAGCAAAUUCUGGAAGCUUUUCGUAUCCUUAGGUCUUCCAGAAUUUAGUCAGAAGGAAGGGAAAGAAGAAAAGAGAUGGGAGGGAAAGGAAAGGAGAAACAUUGAGCUUUAUACUGGCAUGUAUACGUACCGAAGUUACAGUGCAGGCAGGAGGCAGGCAAUUUGCUGAAACCCUCUAUAUCUUGAGACCUUUUUCAUCUUAUACAUAAUUAAAAAAAAAAGAAAAUAUAAGGUGAUAAAAGUAAUUUUUGCUUGGGGGCUGUGCUUGAAACACUGUUAAGUUUUAGGUAUGGCAGGAUGAUCUGGCUAGGCCAAGGUACUCAGGAAAUAUCUAUGUUAUUGAAUGCAAAAAAGAAAACCCUGAGCCUCAACUCUGAAAAUACUGCUUAGCCCACCUGAAGCCAAUUUCAAAGUUUGUUGUCUGAAGGCUUUUUUUUUCAAUGUCUACAGAGGCUUAAUAUUUCCAUUGAUAUGGAUUCUUAAAGGUGCUGAAUAAAUGACACAGUUUUUUACUAUGUGAAUUAUUUAUCCCUUUUUAGUAUAAAAUAUGCAAUUUCCCCCGCAAUUCCUCUAAUUUAGUGUAUCCACCAGAAAAUUGUGAGUGAGAGCUAUUAAGAUAAUUUAGAAUUGAAUUUGAAGAUUAAAGAGGUCUCUUUAUACAGUGGUUAGGAGCACAGGCUUUGGACUGUGGUACACAGAAAGCCCUAAAUAUGUGUAGCUGCUAUCGCCAUGGUUACUAUUAGGUUAAAGCAUGUUGGAGAAAAUAACUGCUAAUUAAUGUAUAUGUUCAGUGCAGCCCAGGUAGACUAUAGAAACAGUUGAGCAAAGUGGACAGAGGAAAGGGGGGGUACUCUUUAAAGGACCCAGUGAAACCCAGUUAACUUUUGUGUCACAUCUGUCUGCUGCUAUAAAAUAUGAGAAGCAGACAUACAUUAAAACUUGCACCUACUGGCAACAGUACUCUUUGGACAAAGACAUUAAGUGAUUCUAAGCCACAAAGAAUAUCAGCCAUUCCAGCUGCAAACCAAAGAUAACUCUAUAAGUAUGGAGAAUGGUCAAUACUGGUGGCCACACUUUUUAGCCAUAUUUUUGUGCUUGAUGGACAGUGAUUUCAGAUUUUUUUUAAUAAAAUGUUUUAAAAGUA